CGGUCGUUGGUGUAAAUAUUGGGGGGUCGUCUGCUGACCAGUGAAACAUGGAUUUGCAGGUGAUGCUGCAGUGGUUCACAGAGUUCAGCGAAAACCAGAAGAACUUGAUGCUAAAGAAACUGCUGGCGAAGUGCGGAGUGUCGCAGAUGCACCUGCUGUCGACGUGUCUGGAGCCGGUGUUACACGCAACAUGUCCCCCGAACUGUCGUGACCUGCUCUCCUGGCUGCCACCGAAUCUCACACAUCAUAUAUUCAGCUAUCUGGACCCAGCGAGUCUGUGCCGUGCGUCUAGAGUCUGCAAGUCCUGGCACCAGCUGUCGAACGAGUCGGUGUUCUGGCGACGCAACUGCCACCUGCCAAAAUGGCGGCUGUCGUCGCCGUGCGAACAGAAGCAGAUGAUCAAGUACAUGCGGCCGGACGGAACCGUACAGUGGAAGCGUGUGUUUGCUGAACGAUACAGACUGCGCAGGAACUGGCUGACCGGACACUGCAACGUACGCACCUUCGAAGGUCACACCCAAGGUAUCUCGUGCGUGCAGUUCGACGACACGAAGGUCGUCUCGGGGUCGUCCGACCGCACGAUCAAGGUGUGGCGUCUCGCCGAGGGCGCGUGCCUCAUGUCGCUCGUCGGCCACCAGGGGGCGGUGACGUGCCUACAGUACGGCGCGCGCCAAAUCAUCAGCGGUUCCCUCGACUGCAACAUCAAGUUCUGGGACCUGACGACCGGACGUUGCACGGCGACGCUCGACUGGAUGAAGAGCGAAGGUCACACGGGGGUCGUCAGGUGCCUGCAGGCAGACAGCUGGCGAAUUCUGAGCGCCGCCGACGAUCGAACGAUCAAGGUGUGGAACCUUGAGACGGGGGAACGUCUCGUCAUUCUACGGAUCUCUACUGUCUCACUCUAAUCUCUACUGUCUCACUCUCCUCCUCUGUCUCAGUGAGUCACUGACCCCCUA